AGGUUAGCCCAGGACGGUGGCGACGACCAACUCAAACGAGCGGUGCCACCAACCACUCCAAACUGAUUUGCUCUGUCUCUGGAGUGCAGUUAGGAAUAGAUCUCUGCUCUGUUUUAGUUAUUAUUAGGUUAUUACACAGUUUGCCUGGAUUUGUCGUGAGUAUGCACAUACCCCCAACGAAACCCCAACGCGGAGCAAAAGGAAGAACAAUUGAGUUAAGUUGGUAGCCUAAACAUUGAAGUUACAACAGACUGGUUCCACACUGGUUCCACUCGUGCUGCAAGACAGAGGCAGAAGGAAUCCGUCCUGAACGCGCUUUGAUAACCGCUGGAACGUUUGUCUGGAUCGGAACACUUUUAUCCAAUAAAAAAAAACAUUGAGGCGGACAGAAAAAAUGAACUGUGCGACGGACUAGACACAACAACUACUGCAAACCCGUUUAUUCUCUGAACAUGUUGGAUUAUUCUGAAACAAAUGUAUACACUUCAAAGCAUGGACAUUAUGGUAAGCGACAAUUAUUUUGCGAGAAAAUGAUUCACACUUGUUAGGAAUUCUCUCUAGAGUUAAAUUCGAAUCAAAGGAAUUACAAGUAAAAACUGAGAAACUGGUCUUUCGUAGACAAUUGUGAGUUCAUCCACUGCUUGGCUCAUUCAUAAAAAAAAUAAUCUACAGAAAGGUUUUUAGUAGUCUUUGCCUUUAUGAGACGCAACUUCUACGUUAUUCUAAGAAGUUACAUUUUAUCUUCAAUUGUUUGCCACUAAAAGGAUCAAAGAGGAGAGACUAUGCAUUCCUUUGCCAAACUGACCCUUGUCAAUGUGCUGCUGGUCUGUCUGAGUUGUGGCUGCUCAGCCAUUAGCUCCAUAGACCCAGACCGGCCAGGUGAGGGGAGAUGUCAACAGAUUGUCAUCUCCCUGUGUAAGGACAUUGGUUACAACAUGACUAGGAUGCCCAAUCUGAUGGGCCACGAGGACCAGAAUGAGGCAGCCAUCAAGAUACAUGAGUUUGUCCCUCUCAUAGAGUUUGGAUGCCACACUCACCUCAAGUUUUUUCUCUGUUCGCUGUAUGCACCCAUGUGCACGGAGCAGGUGUCCACCCCCAUACCUGCCUGCAGAGUGAUGUGUGAGCAGGCCAGGCAAAAGUGCUCCCCUAUCAUGGAGCAGUUCAACUUCCACUGGCCUGACUCCCUGGACUGCUCCAGACUACCCAACAAAAAUGACCCAAACAACCUAUGCAUGGAGGCCCCCAACAACGGCUCAGAUGAGUCCCCAAAAGGCUCCCACACCCAGCCUCCUGACUUCAGGCUUCAGAGGCCCAUAAAAGGCCAGGACCUGCACGUGAAGGACAAGGAGAGCAAGGAGACCUGUAGUAACCCAGGCAAGUUCCACUAUGUACAGAAGAGUGAGUCCUGUGCUCCCAAGUGCUACCCCAAAGUGGAUGUGUACUGGAGUCAGGGAGAUAAGCAGUUCUCUCUGGUGUGGAUGGCCAUCUGGUCCAUCCUUUGCUUCGUCUCCAGCUCAUUCACUGUCCUCACCUUCCUUAUCGACCCGCAGCGCUUCAAAUACCCUGAGAGGCCCAUUAUCUUCCUCUCUAUGUCCUACUGUGUUUACUCUGUGGGCUACCUGAUCCGUCUGUUUGUGGGGGCAGACAACAUCGCCUGUGACCGGGACAGUGGGGUCCAGUACAUCAUCCAGGAGGGACUGGAAAGCACGGGCUGCACCAUCGUCUUCCUCAUCCUCUACUACUUCGGCAUGGCCAGCUCCCUCUGGUGGGUCAUCCUCACACUCACCUGGUUCCUGGCUGCAGGGAAGAAGUGGGGUCACGAGGCCAUUGAGGCCAACAGCAGCUACUUCCACCUGGCAGCCUGGGCCAUCCCGGCCGUCAAGACCAUCAUGAUCCUGGUGAUGAGGAAGGUGGCGGGGGACGAGCUGACGGGGGUGUGCUACGUGGGCAGCAUGGACGUGAAAGCUCUCACAUGCUUCGUGCUCAUCCCACUCUCCUGCUACCUCAUCAUCGGCACCUCCUUCCUGCUGUCGGGCUUCGUGGCCCUGUUCCACAUCCGCAAGGUCAUGAAGACGGAGGGGGAGAACACGGAUAAACUGGAGAAGCUGAUGGUACGGAUCGGCGUGUUCUCAGUCCUCUACACUGUACCGGCCACCUGCGUUAUCGCCUGCUACUUCUACGAGAGGCUCAACAUGGACUACUGGAGGAGCCUGGGCGUGGAGCAGAAGUGUGUUGACAGCAGCAGGAACAAUGCAGAGUCUGAGGAGUGUGGUAUGAAGAGCUCCAUCCCGGCUGUGGAGAUCUUCAUGGUUAAGAUCUUCAUGCUGUUAGUUGUGGGCAUCACGAGUGGCAUGUGGAUAUGGACCUCAAAGACACUGCAGUCGUGGCAGAAUGUGUUUAGCAGGAAGUUGAAGAAGAGGACGAGGAGGAAGCCUGCCAGUGUGUUCACAAGCAGUGGGCCUUACAUCAAGCCUCACCCAGCACUUAAAGGGCACAACACGAAGUAUGAGCCUACCAGGCCCCCUCCGACAUGCGUAUGAGCUGGCGCCCUCACAGACAGUGUGCGAAACCAAAACCAUUCUAGAGCCCUUACCUAAAACAGACUUUAUAAUCAGAGUGCCAACAAAAGACACAUCAAUGUUCAUAUUUAUUUUAAGUAUUAUCAAGCUACAAGAAAUAACUGCCUUUGUUUAAAAUAUCUGCUACUCCUGGAACCACUUACAUGAUAGAGAAAAAAAUAUUUUUCUUUCCAAGACAAAGAAAGUGGAAUUAACAAUUUGGAUGUGUCGUUGGGUUGCUUGAAUAAUGUGCAAUAUAUGUUUUUCUUAAUGGCAAAAAAUACCCAAGUAUUGUAGAAACAGAUUAAAGACAAUGAAAGUGAAUCCACUGACAAAGGGAGUGAAUGGUCUGGGAGAUCAAGACCCUAUAGUGUUGCGUUGUGUGGCUUUUAAAUGGAAGUCAAAGCAGUGCCAUACAUGUUUGGACUGAACUGAAGUGAGAAAGCAGCUGUUGAAAAGGGCUCAGGACCGCAUUGACUGCCUAUUGUGAAGCAAAUUCAUUCCAUAAAUCAACAAGCACUAGACAUCGCAAAAGUAAUCAUUUGUACAGACAGUUUUCCUGUUGUUUCUGCUUUGCUGUUUUAUAGCACAGGGGAACAUUUGCAUAUAUUUCUUAAAGUUAAUAUUUUAUAAAAAAUAAAUGAAACAUUCCAGUUUUAAUGUCCUAAAAACUGGAAUUGUAUAUUAUAACUGUAUGGGGUUUAUCUGUAGUGUGAAUGAAUUCACCAUUGGCUUUACAAAAAGCACAUUUCUCAAUUUGUAUGACAAAUUAUUACAUUGGACAUUUGAAGAUAGUCCUCACUAACCAUUGAUGUAACGUUAUGGUAUAUUUCAAUCAUCCACUGAGUGUGUGCUUGACACUUGACUUAUCUCUCUCUUUUGAGAGAUUUAUGCAUUUAAUUACAUAAAAACAAAUUGGUGUUUGAAGUUAGCCUUAUGAAUACUCAGACUUCUGUUGAUACCUGAUACAAUGGAGUGAGCUCUCAGUGAGGUACCUACAGGAUGAAGAACAAUGGCAUCUGUACACUUUGUUGUAAUUGUUGAGAAGGAAGGCAUCAUGGGUAAUCCAGAGCCCACUCCCUCCAUGGCCAUUUAUUAGAGAUGACUAAUAGAAAAAAGUUUGAUGACAUCAAAGAGAUUACGAACAAAGCACUUUUGUAUUAUUGUAGUGUCAACCAUUUUUAAAAGUGAGGCUUUUAUAUUCCACUCCUAUUAAAAUGUAUUCACUUCCAUGUUCCGUACAUCAACAAAGGCUUUUACGUUUGUUUUGCUUUUGUUUCCCAGUUUUCAUCCCAUUUGCAACAUCUAAUCAGGUCAUUUUUUUUAUCUAGAGCCUUUGAUUUUAGUACCUUUUUUUCUUGUGAUUAAGUUCAGAGCGCAAAUGUGCAAAUAAGCGUCUGGUAUGAUCCUCUCACUCUAAGAACUCACUCAAGUCAGGCUUUGAUUAUGUUACUGAGAUGAUCAGUCCACAGCUUUCAUUUUUUUUCUCUAAUUACAGUUCUGCUCAGACUUUUGUAGGCCUUAUAGAUGAACGUCUAUGCAGUUAAGUUGAUAUAACACAAAGAUAAUCAUUUUGUUUUUUGUGCUUUUUUUGUCAGGCCACUGAUUCAAUCACGUGUGUUUUCAUGUGUGUGUAUUUCAGGGAUGGGGGUUAUGUAAUAAUCCUACAGUCAUUCAGGACAGGAUUAGGCUGUUUUGAAGGGUUUGGCUUUGAGAAGAGGUUUAUAACUGCAAACAAAAUACACAAUAUCUGUCAUCUACCCUCCUCUUAUCACCCAGGCAUAGUGAUAUUUCUAAAGACACAUCUGGCCUGGAUUUCAGGUGGCUGUCAUAUUGACUAAGACAAGUUUUCAAUAGCAUGGUAGACUAUUGACUGAAAGUAAUAUAUCUGGUAGCGUACUCAUUUGGUUGGGAGUUAAAUGCUCUCGCAUUGUAAACAAUGAAUUGCACAUCUCCUUCCAACUACAAGUCAAGUGUUGAGUGAAAGCAACACUAAUAUGAGCUCACCUGCCCUCAAUUCCAUUAGUUUAUAGCAGAAUGGACCAUUUUGGAAACCACCAAAAACAAGGAACAUUGUGCACCUUUAUUUGAACUUUAAGGUUGUAUGGCUUUAUGCAUGAGAACUCCCAGACCCUAAUAAUGUUGCAGGUGGAGUGUAAAUGAUGUGCUCUCCCCCGAGGGCAUUCAAGUUCCAGCAUCAGCCCAACCUGUUUUAACAGUGAAAAGCACAUGACUCACAGCUGAAUCAAAGUCAAGCAGUGUCUAUUGAUACUCUGUGUUGCAGAAAAAGGUGAGUGUUUUCGAAGGCUUCAACAGAGGCCACCUGGAUAACAGCCCCCCAAGGCUGUAAACAUAAAUGACAGUUACCACCCUCUCCUCUGGGGCGUAUUCUUCCAAGUACGCUUCAGUUGCUCUUUUCAAAGGGAAACACUCUGAAGUAUGCAAGCAAGGGCACAGUAGUGUCAGCCCAAAAUGUUUUGGAAUAAACUACACAUGCUUCUGAA